AUGAUGAAAAAACCAAAAAACAUUCAAGGGGGAAUCAAAUCGAAAGGAGUAGCAGAGUCCAAUAGCCCAUACUCCUCUGUAAAUUCAUCAUUGUCUUCCAAUGGGAGCAAUGGAUCUAAAACUGGGACCGAUAUGUUCCAGUCAUCCACUUCCUCUGAAAUUAGGACUAUUGAGAGAAAUAGAAGAACACAUCCUCAUGACUCAUCAUCUAGUAAAAAAUUUGGAGCAGAGACUUCAAUGAACACUUCAGACAAAAUUACUCCUACUAAAAAGAACAAAUCAUCGGAAAAGGAGCCUGAAAGUUACAUCUCUCCGGAAUACGAUACUUCACCUUCGUCAAGAACAUUGUACAACGAACAACAAGAGCUAAGAGAACGUGUCGAUCAAUACCUUAAAGAUGCAUUUGAAAACAGAUUGGCCUCAAUGAUGAAUCUAAGGAUGCAGAUGGAAGAGCUUGCUAAUGCGCACAAACAAGAAGAAGAUUUAUAUGUACAAACUAUUCGAGACAUACUAAAACGAAAUACAUUCGAAAACGAAAAACGAAGGGAGAUUGAAAUAAGUUUGAAGGACAAAAUAGCAGAAAUGGAAAAUAGGCUAAGGAGUGAGUUUUUUGAAAAGCAAAAGGCAUUCGAAGAAUUCCAAAACUUCAAAGAGAAGGGAACAUCCAUCAUUUAUAGAUUAAGGGACUCGUUGAAAAAGAUAACCGAAAAAUACAAGGAAGAAAAGCAAAAGAACUUGACACUAAAAAAGCAAUUGAAAGAAUGUGAAGAAGCAUGGGAAGAAGAAUCUUUAAAACGUGAGAAAUAUGAGAGAAUUCUUGCAGAUAAGCAAAGCAUAGGAGAAGCAGUACUGCAAGAGAAGUAUCAACGUUUAAAGGAACAAAAUUCUGUGCUCCGUGAUGAGAUUGCCUUUCUAAAGUCGGUGCAUGGCGGUAAACUUUUAAAGCAAAGUUCACAGAAUGACAUCAAAGAAACUGAACGAGUUCUCGAGUCCAAGUUAAGAGAGUUCCAAAGACUGUUGGAGGAAGAGGAAUCACUUAUCGAGGAACUUAAGAAAAAGGUUUCUAUUAAAACCCAGGAAAAUUCAGAGCUGCGCAAAGAGUUGGAGAGGUUAAAGUUUGAAAGAGGCCUGAAUAUGGAUAUUAAUGAUUCGUCUUCAGUAGAAAUACCUAAGGAAUACUUGGAUGUGUACACUGAAAUUAAGGGAUUAUUGGAUCCCGAGGACCAUGUAAAUUUGCAAACAGAUGCGAAUCCUAAGGACAAAAUCAAAUCUCAAAAUAGAUUUAUCAGGUUGCUGCUCGCAAAACUAAAAUCUGAAGAGAAUGAAAGGAUUAAAUCCAACGAGCAAAAUGUGAAAAUUAUAAUGGAACAAGAAAAAACAAUUUCAUUCCUAGAUAAAAAGUUGAGAGAAUUGGAAAAUAUUAUCAUAGACCAGAGAGAAGAGGCUCAAAGAGAGCACGAUAAAGCUCAGCGUAUCAUGCAAGGACAAGGAAGCGUUGAAGAAGAAGUGGAUGAAAACAAGCUUAAGGAGCUAGAGAAGAAACUUGACGACAUUACUCAAGAUUUGAAUAGCUCAAUCCAGUCCAUCCAAAGUACAGAGCUUGAAAUUAAGCCUCUAGCAGACACUACAAGUCAGAAGGAAGAUGAGCUUAUUCAAGAGCAAGAUCAACUUACAGAAAAUAAUGCUAUUCAAUCCAACGAGAAGUCAAAUGAGCUAAUUGCGGAAAGUCAAGAAGUAGUUGAUGAACAAUAA